CCGCCCCGCUGAUGCCGCUGCCCCGCGCGGGGCCCGCGCGCCGCUAGCAGCAUGUCUCGGCGCAAGCAGGCCAAGCCCCAGCACCUCAAGUCGGACGAGGAGCUGCCGCCGCUGGACGGGGCUCCCGAGCACGCGGCCCCCGGGGAGGGCGCCGAGGACGGGGACAGCGGGAACGAGAGCCGGAGCGGAAGCGAGGAGACGCACGUCUGUGACAAGUGCUGCGCCGAGUUCUUCAAGUGGACGGACCUCCUGCAGCACAAGAAGGCCUGCACCAAGAACCCCCUGGUGCUGAUUGUCAGUGAAGAUGAGCCGGCCCCGCCCUCCGAGGAGUUUCCAGAACCUUCUCCGGCCAGCUCUCCCAGCGAGCACACGGAGAGCGAGGCCGCCGAGGAGACGGCCCCCGCAGAGGGCGGGGAGGGCGGGGAGGGGAGGGCCCCCGAGAAGGAGGACGAGCCCAUGGAAGUGGGCCCCUCCGUGGACAAGAGCUUCCAGAGCCCGGGCCCCACGCACGCAGGGAAGCCGCCUCUACCUCAGGUCCCCGAACCGGCCCCCGUGGCCGCCUACAGCAUGCCAAACACCAACGUGACGCUGGAGACCCUCCUGAGCACCAAGGUGGCCGUGGCACAGUUCUCCCAGAACACGAGGGCUGCGGGAGCGGUGGGGUCCAGCGGCGGGGUGGCGGCCGUGGCCAUCCCCGUGAUCCUGGAGCAGCUCAUGGCGCUGCAGCGACAGCAGAUCCACCAGCUGCAGCUCAUCGAGCAGAUCCGCAGCCAGGUGGCCAUGAUGACCCACCAGCCCCCGAGGCCGCCGCUGAACCCCGGGGCGGCCACGGGGGCCCAGAGCGCCCCGGUGCCCACCUCCGGCCAGCUCCCGGGGCUGGCUGCGCACUCGGCCCUGCAGCUCUCAGCCGGGGCCGCCCCCGUCCCCGCGGCACCCGGCCCUGCCACCCAGCCGGCCGCCUACGAGGGCCCCCAACACCUGGCCCAGCCGGCGUCCGGAGCCAGCACUCCGCACGUCCCGGGCGGGGGCCCCUCCGGCCCCGAGCCCGGCGCCCCGGCGUCCUCCGGCACGGCCCCGGCCUCCACUGCCCCGGGCCCGGCGGCCAGCGCCUCCGGCGGCCCCUCCCGGCCGCAGAACGCUUCCACGCCCCCCGCCCUGGGGCCCGGGCCCCUCCUCAGCUCGGCGCCCAGCCUGCCAAGCCCACUUCUACCUCAGACCUCCGCCAGCGGUGUCAUCUUCCCCAACCCGCUGGUCAGCAUCGCAGCCACGGCCAGCGCGCUGGACCCCCUGUCGGCCCUCAUGAAGCACCGCAAGGGCAAGCCCCCCAACGUGUCGGUGUUUGAGCCCAAGGCCAACGCCGAGGACCCCUUCUUCAAGCACAAGUGCAGGUUCUGUGCCAAGGUGUUCGGGAGCGACAGUGCCCUGCAGAUCCACCUGCGCUCCCACACGGGCGAGCGGCCCUUCAAGUGCAACAUCUGCGGCAACCGCUUCUCCACCAAGGGCAACCUGAAGGUCCACUUCCAGAGGCACAAGGAGAAGUACCCCCACAUCCAGAUGAACCCCUACCCCGUCCCCGAGUACCUGGACAGCGUGCCCACCUGCUCCGGGAUCCCCUACGGGAUGUCACUGCCCCCGGAGAAGCCCGUCACCACCUGGCUGGACAGCAAGCCCGUGCUGCCCACGGUGCCCACGUCGGUCGGGCUGCAGCUCCCGCCCACCCUCCCCGGCGUCAGCCUCGGCAGCUAUGCCGACUCCCCCAGCCUCACCCCCGCCAGCCGCUCCCCGCAGCGGCCCUCGCCGGCGUCCAGCGAGUGCCCCUCUCUGUCCCCAGGCCUGACCAGCUCCGAGGUGGUGACCGCCGAGUCCCCGCAGCCGGCACCCGGCGGGUCUUCCCUGCCCAAGACCGAGCCCGUGAGCCUGCCUUGCACAAACGCCAGGGCGGGGGACGUCCCCGCCACCGGGCAGGUGUCUGCCGCGUCUGCCCUCGCAGACAGCAGCCUAUCCCCCGGCCUCUGCAGCCCGGUCCUCCCGGCCGGCGCCGAGCAGUUCAAGGCCAAGUUUCCCUUUGGAGGGCUGCUUGACUCCAUGCAAACGUCGGAAACCUCCAAGCUGCAGCAGCUGGUGGAGAACAUCGACAAGAAGGUGACGGACCCCAACCAGUGUGCCAUCUGCCACCGCGUGCUGAGCUGCCAGAGCGCCCUGAAGAUGCACUACAGGACGCACACGGGCGAGCGGCCCUUCAAGUGCAAGAUCUGCGGGCGCGCCUUCACCACCAAGGGCAACCUGAAGACGCACUUUGGAGUCCACCGCGCCAAGCCGCCCCUGCGCGUGCAGCACUCCUGCCCCAUCUGCCAGAAGAAGUUCACCAACGCCGUGGUCCUGCAGCAGCACAUUCGCAUGCACAUGGGGGGGCAGAUCCCCAACACGCCGCUGCCCGAGGGCUUCCAGGACGCCAUGGACGCCGAGCUGCCCUACGACGAGAAGGCCACGGACGCCCUGAGCGGCUACGACGACGACAUGGACGAGAACUCCCUGGAGGAGGACGCAGAGCUGAAAGACACGGCUGGCGACCCGUCCCAGCCGCUGCUGGCCUUCCCAAGCUCCUGCCCGCCCUCCCCGCCGUCCGUCAUCUCCAGCAUCGCCGCGCUGGAGAACCAGAUGAAGAUGAUGGACUCGGUCAUGAGCUGCCCCCAGGUGACGGCCCUCAAGUCCCUGGAGAACGGGUCCGGGGAGAGCGACCGUCUGAGCAACGACUCCUCGUCAGCCGUGGGCGACCUGGAGAGCCGGAGUGCGGGCAGCCCGGCCCUGUCCGAGUCGUCGUCCUCCUUGCAGGCCCUGUCGCCCGGGAACAGUAACAGCGAGAGCCUGCCUUCGAAGUCCCCGGGCCUCGGCGCCCAGGAGGAGCCGCAGGAGACGCCACUGAAGAUGGAGAGGCUGGACAGCCCGCCCCCCGGGCCCGAGAACGGAGGGGCGCUGGACCUGACGGCCCCCCACCCCGGCCGGCCGGCCGUCAAGGAGGAGGCCCCCUAUGGCCUGCUGUUCCUGAGCCGAGACCGGGGUAAGUGUGCGAGCGCUGUGUGUCGUGUCUGUGCGAAGCCUUUUGCUUGCAGGAGCGCGCUGCAGAUCCACCUCCGCAGCCACACCAAGGAGCGGCCGUUCGUCUGCGCGGCCUGCGGGCGCGGCUGCUCCACCCUGGGUAACUUAAAGCAGCACUUGCUGACCCACAGGUUGCGCGAGCCACCUCCCCACUUGCUUGACCCCAGCUUUGCUCUAGGUCCCGGCCAGGGCACCCCGAGCCUGGGCCCCGGCUCCGCGCCCGCCGCGGUCAAAACGGAAGUGAACGGGCACAGCAAGGCCGGCCCGCCGGCCGAGGGCCCGCCGCUGCCGGCUCCCAUCCAGGUGCCCGCCGGGCCCCCGACGGUGAUGAGCCCCGGCCUCGCGCCCAUGCUGGCCCCCCCGCCGCGCCGGACCCCCAAGCAGCACAACUGCCAGUCGUGCGGGAAGACCUUCUCCUCGGCCAGCGCCCUGCAGAUCCACGAGCGCACCCACACCGGGGAGAAGCCCUUCGGCUGCACCAUCUGCGGGCGAGCGUUCACCACCAAGGGCAACCUCAAGGUGCACAUGGGCACCCACAUGUGGAACAACGCCCCUGCCAGGCGCGGCCGCCGCCUGUCGGUGGAGAACCCCAUGGCCCUGCUGGGCGGUGACGCCCUGAAGUUCUCCGAGAUGUUCCAGAAGGAUCUGGCCACACGGGCCAUGAACGUGGACCCCAGCUUUUGGAACCAGUACGCCGCGGCCAUCACCAACGGGCUGGCCAUGAAGAACAACGAGAUCUCUGUCAUCCAGAACGGAGGCCUCCCCCAGCUCCCAGUAAGUCUCGGGGGAAGCGCGCUCCCCUCCCUGGGCUCCCUGGCUGCCGGGCUGGACAAAGCGCGGCCUGGCAGCAGCCCGCCCAUUGCGGGGCUGGACAAAGCCAAGUCGGACGCGGGAGCCGGCCGGCCGUUCACGCGGUUCAUCGAGGAUAACAAGGAGAUCGGGAUUAACUAGCCGCGUCCCUGCCCUGUGGGUCCCCUUCCCCGUUCACCCAGAGCAGGAAAGACGUCACCGGGUGGCUGCCCGAGGUGGCCUCACCCGCUGCCCGGUGCGCCUUUCGCGGUGAGCCUGACCAUCCUCGAGAACUCGGCAGCCUUUGCAAUAGAUUUAAGUCAAAAAGAGACGUCCUCGGAGAGCCACCUUGGGAACAGAAGGGGCUCAGAGCACAUCCAUUCCGUCCCUCCAAAGCCCAGCAGUGCCCAGAGGGGGCUCCCCACCCUAUUCCAGGAAACUCGUUCAGUGGUUUUGUUCGAAUUAGUUAGAAACUUGAACUCUGUCAUUAGAACUCUUAUCUCGAAGACGUGGUCUAGUGCUCUCGACGCUGUGUAUCAUGGCAGUACCUUCGUCUGUAGUAUUUAUGAUGUUAAGAUGAUGCGGGUAACAGACAAUACAGCCCAACUUUAACGGAAGCUUUUGUACUGCAGAAUACAUCUGGCUGUGUGAUUUUUGUUUUUUAAAGCAAGAUUUGUUUUACUAUAAAUAAGUGGGUUAUUUCCAUGCAGGCAAAAUUGUGAAGUUCUGUUAGGAAAGAGCAUGCUUUUCGUGUGCAAGCACCUGUCAGUAAC